ACCUCUUCCAAAUCCCCACCCCGCCCCACUUUUCCCCACUCCACCCAGCGUCCGGAUCCCAUCUCACCUAGCGGCGCUCAUGUGACGCUCCGGCUCGCGCUCUCGCUCACGCUCUGCAACCCACCCGUCGACGCGGCUGUUCCAACUGGAGCUUGGGCGUAUCUAAUUAAGCCACCGGGUUGGAAUCGGGGGCGAUGGGGCAGGAGGGGAUGGGCUACAGCAGCGGCAAGGCCGGCGGCGGUGGGGGAGGGGCCCUGCCGAUGACGGCGGCGCGGGCGCGUGGGGCGUCGCCGCUCAGCACCCACCAUCGGUCGCGGAAGAUCAGCCGCACCUUCAACAACGUCAAGAUCACCGUGCUUUGCGGCCUCGUCACCAUCCUCGUCCUCCGGGGUACCAUUGGGCUCAACCUCUCCCUUCCGUCCCAACCCUCCGACGCCGAUGCCCUCGCAGGCGCCAAGGCCGUUGAGGACAUCGACCGCAUCCUCCGCGAGAUCCGCUCCGACUCCGACCCCUCCGACCCCACCGACAGCGACCUCGACUCCUCCAGCGUCCUUUCCAACGCCACCGCACUCAACUCCUCGGAAGCCGCCGCCGCCUAUGCCGCCGCCGUGGGCAACUACGCGCUCGGUCCCAACGUCUCUGGCUGGGACGAGCAGCGCCGACGGUGGCUCGCGCAGAACAAGGGCUUCCCAGCCACUGUCCCCGGCGGCAAGCCCAGGAUCCUGCUUGUCACGGGGUCGCAACCAGGCCCUUGUGACAACCCGCUUGGCGACCACUACCUGCUCAAGAGCACCAAAAACAAGAUCGACUACUGCCGCUUCCACGACAUCGAGAUCGUUCACAACCUUGCGCACCUCGACAACGAGCUCGCUGGUUACUGGGCCAAGCUGCCGCUGCUCCGCCGACUUAUGCUCUCCCACCCGGAGGUCGAGUGGAUCUGGUGGAUGGACAGUGACGCCCUAUUCACCGACAUGGCCUUUGAGCUGCCUCUCUCGCGCUAUGACAACCAUAACCUCAUCAUUCACGGUUAUCAUGAUCUCCUCUUUGAGAAGCAUUCUUGGAUCGCGCUCAACACCGGCAGCUUCCUCUUCCGGAACUGCCAGUGGUCACUCGAUCUUCUCGCUGCGUGGGCUCCUAUGGGGCCCAAGGGCUUCAUCCGCGAGGAAGCCGGGAAGAUACUCACCGCAUACCUGAAGGGCCGUCCAGCAUUCGAGGCUGACGACCAGUCUGCGUUGAUAUACCUCUUGCUCUCGCAGAAGGAGAAGUGGAUGGACAAGGUGUAUAUAGAGAAUUCAUACUACUUGCACGGUUUCUGGGCUGGGCUGGUGGACAAGUACGAGGAGAUGAUGGAGAACCACCAUCCAGGGCUUGGGGAUGAGCGGUGGCCAUUUGUGACACACUUUGUCGGGUGCAAGCCAUGCGGAAGCUAUGGUGAUUACCCAGUAGACCGGUGUCUCAAGAGUAUGGAGCGGGCAUUUAAUUUUGCCGAUAACCAGGUGCUGCACCUGUAUGGUUUCGCACACAAGGGGCUGGAAAGCCCUAAGAUCAAAAGGAUCAGGAGUCAGACCACAAAGCCUAUUAAUGACAAGGAGAACCUUGAUGUGAAGGCCAAGAUGUCGACCACUUCUUGAAGCUACUGAAGAUAAGGCAAUAGCAUAGGCUCUCUUCAAGGUCAGCAUUUUGUCACUUGGUUGUUGUUUUAGUUUCUACUAUUUUUUUGCUUUUUUGCUUAUGGAUUUUUUUUUCUUGUUAUGUGUAACAGUUAGAGAUUGCACAUGUUAUGUUUAUCAUGAACUUAAAUGUGGUAGGAGCUCAAAUCAGAUGGAAAUAUCUCAGUUUUGUACUCAA